UUUCUGAUAUAAAAAAUAUUUUUUUAGAAUUUCUUAUUCGCUCAUCUCGCCCUCUUCCACCAAUGUCAGCAUCGCGAGCAAAGAUCAAACAACGAACAACAACACCUCCCGACAAAAAUAAUCUUCAAUCACCUCACCCAAUACCGGGACUUUCUUUUGAAGAACCAACAUCUUCAGAAAUGGCUAUGCUUUUGAAGGAAUUAAAUGAGAGAAAACAAGAUCUUGAGUUGGCAGCUAACUUAGGAAAUUCUUUGUUGCAAGAGAACAAGGAAUUAUUAGAAAAAAAUGAAUUUCUCGAAGAAUCUCUUGCAACAAGCAAUGAAACAAUCUCUCAACUUCAACGCCAUUUAAAACAACGUAGCAAACUUUUUCGUACAAUUGUGGAUUUAGAGAAUGAAUAUACUGAAGAGGAGGAGACGGAGAAGGCUUGUUGUAGUAAUUCUUGUUCUGCGAGGUCGGUAGAUUUUUCUCGAAUGGAAAAACAACUUUCAAAUCUGGAGAAAGAAAAUACUCAAUUACGUAUUAAGGUUGAUGAUUUGGAAGAACAAAAGAAGACUAUUGAAAAGAGAGAAGGGAAUACUGUUAGCGAUUAUAUGUCACAAUUGAGGACGGCGAAUUUAAAGAUUGCACAAAUUCAAGUUCAACUGGGUGAGAAAGCAAAACAAUGUGAAUCCCAAACAGAAGAAAUUCAACGACUAUUGUCUGAUAUUUCUGAAAGGAAGAAACGGGAACGUAUUCUCUGGGAUGAAAAUGAGGACAUUCAAACACGUCUUGACAAUGAAAUACAUACACACGAACAACUUCGUUCUGAAAUUGAAUUGCUCCAAGAACGCUAUUUAGAUCUUAUUGUAGUGCUUAAAGACACAGAAGAUGAAUUGAGGGAACACCGUCGAAAGGCGGAAGUUCCUCCACCACCCCCAAUUAGGCGAACAAAUAGUGUAGACUCGCUUUAUGAUUCUUUAGCGUCAGAAUUGGAAGGAGCUGAUUCUGGUGGAUGUUAUGGAACUCCCAUGUUUUCUGCAAGAUAUGGUCCAUCAGCACAUUGCAGUUCUUUGGGUUCUGGGGGUGCUAUUGAUCAACAAUCACCAUCUCACCAACCAUCUACUUCAAAUGCUCAUGUUGAUUGUCACCCUCAGCAAGAAAUGUCUGUAAAUUGUCAAAAUUUUGAUGUCCCUUCUCGUGCCUUAUUAGAAGCUGUUCGUAGUACUCUUGAAGAUAGAAAACAUUUACAAAGAUUAAAUAAUAUUACUUCAAAACAACAGAAAAGAAAAAUUUCUAAAGAAGAAGGAAAAGAAGGGCAACCACCAAUAAUUGAUUCUCCAACUACUCCAACUUGUAUUCCUUUAAAUAAUGGAGGACAACAAAUAUCUAGAAAAAUCUUUCAGGAUGCAUGUUGUUCACCAAUUCAAUUCUCUCCAAGACAAUCAAAUAACGAAUGUGCCUCUUCUUCUUUUUGUUGGAAAUUUUCAACUCCACAAAAAACCAACAAAAACAUUUCUUUGCAAAAUAAUUCUGGUUCUUCAACAGAAAGUAUUGAUUCACUUUCUAGUUAUUGUCCACCAAAAUUAGGAACUCCUGGAAGGCCUGGUUCUAAAGAUUUGGAUUUUAGUAUUAGACGAUUGUCCUUGCGGAAGGAGAUAAAUGAAAGUUAUGCCCGUUUUCGCAAUUCUAAAGGACUUCCUCCUACUCAAAAUGGUUUUUAUUCUCCUAAUGGAACGAAUUGUCAAUUUAUAUACAAAUCCGGAUUUCCAAGUUGUUGUCCAACAAAGCAACUUAACCGUUUAUGUAAAAAUUCUUCAAAUAAUAAUUCUCCAAUAAUUAGUAAAAGUAGUCCAGAAUGUUCCAGAUUUUCUUUAAUUAAAAAAGAAGAAGGAAAUAAUUUAUUUAAAUCUUCUUUUGGAGAAGGAAAAAUAACAAAAAAUGGAGGAAUAUUUUGUUUAGCUGAUUUAUUUAUUAAAAAUAAUAGAAAGGAAAAUAAUGGAGGAAAUUCCCGAACAAUUGUAACAAGUGAAAGUUGUUCUUCAGGUUUAGAAUGUUAUGGAAAUAAUUCUUCUAAAAAUGAAGACAAUUUGACACUUAAAAAUAGUAAUUCAGAAGAAUCCCCUCCAAAAUCUUCAAAAAAUAUUCAAAAAUAUUUAUUUGCUCAACAAAAAAUUAAUGAACUUGGAAUUAAUUUACUAAAUUCUUCCAAUAGCAAUACAAGUGUGAUAACAGCUAUAGAAAUGCAAAAACAACAAAAUAUUUUGGGUGUUUUACAACGUUUUGGAGGCAACUAA